UCAAGAGUUUCCCUUUUUUUUUUUUUUUAAGAUUAUUAUUAAAUAAAUGAAACAACCCCUUAAACAGUCUUGAUCUCUCUCAAUAUGUCUCCUUCUUUAGCACAAAACAUGUCUACCACUUCUUCUUCUUCUUCUAAUAUCUGGUUAGUUUCUUACUUAAAGCUUCAAUUUUUUUCUCGUAUUCGUCGUUUCCUGCAAUCCAAAGCUGCUCGCAAGCGACGCACUGAUUCCAAUCAUGUUGAUAGUAUUAAUACAUCAUCAACAACAUCCAAAACUCUAAUCAAUCAUCAAGAAGUAAUUCAAGUUGCGGUGGAGGAACAAAUCGAGAAUGAUUCUUCCGUGGUGUUACAAAAGUCUGUGAAAAGGAUUCACUUUGGAAGCUGGGAAGAGAAGGAGAUGGCUGCCUUGGAGAUACAGAGAAUUGCUAAAGAAGAUGUGAAGAUUAAAAAGUUGAUGGCCGAGCUCGGAGUUAUUCAUGUGUUAGUCUCCAUGGUGGCCACGGAGGUGGUUGGCCGUCGCCAGGCAGCGGUUCAGGCCUUGAUCGAGCUCGCUAAUGGAACUUACACGAACAAGGCUCUCAUGGUGGAGGCAGGAAUCUUGACAAAGCUACCGAAGAAUGUUGAUGUAGUUGACAAGUCAACAAGGCGUGAAUUCGCAGAGUUGAUUCUGUUGUUAUCUUCUCUAGCGAAUAAACAAUUCUCUCUUUCGUCGUCCGAAAUUCUCCCAUUUCUGGUGGGCAUUCUUGAAUCAGAAUCAAGCCUGGAAACUAAAGAGUUGUGUAUUGGUACAUUGUACAACCUGUCUGCAGUGUUGGAAAAUGCAGGGCCUUUGGUCUCUAAUGGAGUGGUAAGCACUGUGUUGAAGCUUUGUUCAGUGAAGGAACUGUCGGAGAAAUCACUUGCAACACUUGGGAACUUGGUGGUGACAUUAAUGGGAAAGAAAGCUAUGGAAGAUAGUCCUCUUGUUCCAGACAGUUUAAUCGAAAUUUUGACAUGGGAAGAGAAGCCGAAAUGUCAAGAAUCAUCAGCUUACAUUUUAAUGAUUUUAGCCCAUCAAAGCUCAGCACAGCGAGACAAAAUGGCGAAGUCAGGAAUUGUACAUGUCAUUCUUGAAGUAGCGUUAUUGGGGAGCCCUCUAGCACAAAAGAGAGCGUUGAAAUUGCUACAGUGGUUUAAAGAUGAAAGGCAAGCAAAGAUGGGACCUCAUUCCGGGCCACAAACAGGAAGAAUUGCAAUGGGGUCUCCUGUAAAUCCGAGAGAGGCACAAGAGGGAAAGAAAUUCAUGAAGAAUUUGGUGAAACAAAGUCUUCAUAAGAAUAUGGAAAUGAUAACCAGAAGAGCCAAUGCUGCUGAUGAUUCUUCCAAACUCAAGUCCCUGGUUAUAAGCACAAGUUCAAAGAGCUUGCCUUACUGAAAGUAAAACAUUUCAUCAAUUUGAGAAUGCAUUUUCUCGUGCAGAAGAAGCUGAUGAAAUGGCAAUUGUAUAUCACGAAACAAUAAACACCAAAAGUUUUAGAGACGGGGAAGCUUCCUCUUUGGGUAAUGAAAAUGAAAUAGCUUCAUUUAUUCAAUUUCUCUCUUCUUCGAAAUUAAAUCUUUUCAUUUCCGGUAUUGGGAAAAUGAAUCAUCGUUUUUUAAGAUAUUCAUACCAAAUUUUGAU